GGCGGGCAGCAGGAGGGUGGGAUCUUGGGAUUGGUGCCAGUGCGUGGCGAUGAGGGAGGCGACUUGCAGGCACUGGCACUCCACGCGUCUGCAGCUUCUGGGUAGAUGGUAGAUGGCUUGCGCGCUGUUGUUGACCGAGUAUGUCUCGCUCCUGCGCCGUGCAGAGCAGGAGAGCAGAUCGACCAGCGCAGGACGGUGUCGGAGCACCCGAUCUCAGCCAAUCCAGUCCAAUCCAAUCGAGUUGAGUUGGGUCGAGUUUGUCUCUCCCCACCUCCGUAACUCCAUGUGCUACAUGUGCGUUUCAAACGACAGGACGGCGCGGACAGAUUGGUGCGUUGAAGACCGGGUCUGGCGUGCAAGCUGUUCGCACUGCAGUGCAGAGGCGGUUGCACUGCGCCUGCACGGUGGCCGACGCGACGCUCAGCGAGACACGAUGUCGUCUGCAUCCGCGAGGGCUCAGCGAGCGUCGCACAGGCUCAUGCGUACUGCGAGCUCGUGGCGCACUGCAUCCUCUCAUACCCAUCGACUCCAGCACCCCCGAGCAUCGCGACGCCACAGGUGUGCACCGCAGCUGCACACUCCGUUAUUCCCGAGAUCCCCAGAACCCGCGACACGCAAUGCAGCACGUGCAAUCCGCGGUCCUGCUCCAGCACAUGCAAUCCGUGGUCCGCUCCAGCACAAUCCCCAGCCAACACCACCCUCAAAACUCCCUACACGCUCGAAGCGCAGCUACCCGCUACACGCGCGGCUUUCCGCGGGCCAGCGCGGCGUGUCGCACGCCUGUAGCAGGGCGAUCGAUGACGGGGCGAGUGCGCGGAGCUGUGCGGUCUGCAGCGAUAAGCAGAUAAGCACGCGUUCGAAUGCGGUAAUGCGUGAGAUCGGAACCGGAACUGGGAGGAAUCGUGGUGGUGGGCGCAGGGGGAUCGGAGCGCGGGUCCAGGGGGUGUGAUUCGAUGCGGGGAGUUGCGGGCGGCAGUGCGAGUGCGAGUCGGACCGCGGAGUGCGAGCGCGUGGGCGCGAGGUGACGGGCGACAGGAUGGGUGCGGUUGCGGUGGUUCGGGGGUGCGGGCGGGGUGUCGAGUAAGCGGUGGGUGGUGUGCGGCGGCCUUGUGUCUCCGUCUGAUUGCUAUUCGCGCUCGAGGUGGAUGGAUAGAGCCACGCUGAUGCCGGCGUGAGAUAAAUCGCGCUCUCGGUAGAUCGCUGGCUGCGACGACGCGCCCAGGCGUGGGCCGUGUCUGAACUGAGUUCCACGAAAGCUGUGCUUGCGUGCGCCGUCGCUGACUGUCUUCCGCCAAAGCCGGUCUUGCCACCACGCUUUCCUAGCUUCUCGCGAGAAAGACGCGACGAGCCGUCGAGCGCGAAGACCAGCGCGCAGUCGACCGUAUCCUCACCGCGGCUGCUGCUCCUGCGCCUGCGCCUGCGCCUGCCGCUGCUUCAGCGCCUCCGC